AUGAGCUUCAAAUUUGGAUACAGGCAGCUGAGACGGCUUCAAGGUGGAAGGUUUAGUGAUGUGUAUGAGGUUGAGGAUCAGCAGGCAGAAAACGGCAAGGGUGCCAAGUAUGCGAUGAAGGUGAUCGAGCCAGAUAUGGAAAUUGCGCCCCAUAACGUGCGGAACGAGGUCGCAAUAAUGGAAAAGAUGAAAAAGCAUGCUGGGAUUGACUCGUACAGCGGAAAUGUGGUGAGACUACUUAGGGAAUUUACGAAUCCGUUGGAAAUAGGUAUGCUUUUCCCAUUAUACGAAUGUGGGCUCGAGGAUAUAAUACGGGAAAAGAUGUAUCGACGUACAAAGUUUAUGGCUGAUGGCCAGAUUGAGGUCGUGUACGAAAAUAGGAUGCAACCAGCAGAAAUCAGACAGAUUACAAAGGGAAUACUAAGCGGAUUGAAAUUCAUCCAUGAGUGCGGAAUUAUCCACCGGGAUCUCAAUCCCAACAACGUCCUAUUCAGAAACAAGAGCGACCUUGAUCCGGUGAUCAUUGAUUUUGGUAUUUCGUACGAUAAGCCGAACAAUAACGGACUCGAGUCUCCGGACGAUAAAAUCACAGAUAUCGGCACUGGAUACUACAAGGCUCCAGAGUUGCUUAUGUCAGUACGGAAUUAUGGAGAAGGGGUGGACAUAUGGUCUGCGGCGAUCAUUUUGUGUCGAAUGUGCUCGAAAAAUGGAGAAAUGAUAUUUGAUGAAGACGCAUCGAGAAGUGAUUUGGCACUUUUAAGCAGCAUAGUGACUGCUUUCGGGUCUCCGCCUCGCGAUUGGGAGGAUUGCAAGGAUUCUCGAACGUUCCAUGCGAUGAGCCAGGCAUUUUUCACAAAGGCCCCACUUCCGGAUUCGAAGGUUUUGUACCAGUUGUGGAAUUCGGAGGGGAAUGAGGACUUGAUACGGCUCUUUCGGAGAAUGACACGCUAUGCAUCAAAAGAGAGACCGAGUGCUGAAGAGGCAUUGGAAAUGAUUAGUUGA